AUGAAGUUCGGUGUUCAUCUAUUAGCAAAUUUGACACCGGAAUGGAAUCGUCAGUAUAUUCAAUAUGAAUAUUUGAAAGAUUUUCUUGACAAAGCGAUACAUCAGUCAGUGAUUUUGAAUGAAAAGUCACGAUUAGAAGAAUAUUUUUGUCAUGUUGAUGAAGAAUUUUUCCAAUUUUGUGAAAAGGAAGUGACAAAGAUCAAUACAUUUUUUGCUGAAAAGCUGGCAGAAGCAAUGAGACGAUUUACAACAUUGAAAGAUGAAAUCGACUAUCGAAAAUUGAUUUACGGAGAAAAUUGUUCGAAUGACAAAUGUUCAGUUUCAUUUAUUCAUAAAACUAAUCGAAUUGGUAUUUCAAAUGGUGAAGCAAAGUUGAUGAAACAGAUGAGUCGUUUCGUUCCUGAUCGACUAUUUCAAGAUAAAAGAAGACUUUCAAGUGUCAAAACAUUGAAAUUGGCAUUUAGAUUUGUGAAGAUACUGAAAAAACACGAUAAAUUAUUUCAAACAACGCGUGGUGAACAAUUCAGGAAAUCUCAUAUUGAAACAGCAGCAUUUUAUACAUCAACGAAAGUAACCGAGCUCAUUCGUGAUGUGGAAAAAAUUUACACGAACGAACUUGAAUCAGGAGAUCGAACACGUGCGAUGAAACGUCUUCGUGUCCCGCCAUUAGAAGAAACACAAUCAGCAUCAGUGACAUUUCGCCUAGGCAUUUUCAUCGGAAUUCUCGGUGUUUUAAUCCCGUUAUUGAUAAUUUUAAUCAUCAUCUUGAGAAAAAGUCAAAGUGGCGCAGUCGUACGUUGGCGCGAUGGGUUUCAUCUAUAUCGUUCAUCAUUUUUGAUAAUCCUUCAAAUAAUCUUAACUGGAAUCAAUGUUUAUGGUUGGUCAUCGUCAGGUGUCAAUCAUAUUCUUAUCUUCGAAAUCGAUCCGCGAAAUCAUCUAACAUAUCAACAACUACUCGAAAUUGGAACAUGUUUGUGCGUUCUUUGGUCAUUUAGUUUUAUCGCCUUUCUCAUCACAUCUUAUUUGGACUAUUAUCCAUUCGUUCAUCCACUAAUCUUCGUAAUCUUUCUCUUCGUGUUCUUCUUCAAUCCAUUUCCAAUACUUUAUCAUUCCGCACGUUGUUGGUUAAUGAAAACCUUGGUGUUAGUCUUUACCGCUGCAUUCCAUCCGAUACGUUUUGCGGAUAAUUGGCUUUGUAAUCAAUUGACAUCACUCGAAUUAGCGUUUUACGAUUGCGAAUAUUAUUUUUGUUUUUAUUUUUCCAAUUCCGACUGGUGGAAAACAAAUUUAAUUGCGUCAUCAUUACCCUCAGGAAUCUUUUGUACAGGCUGGACAAAAUUCCUUCUUCAAGCCUUUCUUCUCGCGAUUCCAUCAUCGCUCCGUUUCACUCAAUGCGUUCGUCGAUAUUAUGACACAAAAGCAAAGUAUCCUCAUCUUCUUAACGCAGGUAAAUACGCCAUGGGCUUUACCGUUGCCAUUACAAAUUCGCUUCGACGCGCAAGUAUGUCAUUAAAUGAAACUUAUUCAACAAAUCCGAAAACGAAUCCAUUUAUUUACCUAUGGAUUAUAACUGCACUGAUUAAUUCGACGUAUAAAUUGAUCUGGGAUGUGAAAAUGGACUGGGGAUUAUUUCAUAAGAAUGCAGGGGAAAAUCGAUUUCUACGCGAUCAUAUUAUAUACUCGUCGAAGAAUUAUUAUUAUUAUGGAAUUGUUCAAGAUUUGUUUCUGAGAUACUCGUGGACGAUAAAUAUUUUCAUACAAUUCCAUACGGAAGCAGCGGAGUAUGCAGAUGUGAUUGGCUUUGUGUUUGGUUUGUUGGAAUUGAUUCGGAGAUUUUCGUGGAAUUUUUUUCGAUUGGAAAAUGAACAUUUGAAUAAUUGUGGACGAUAUCGAGCGAUUCGAGAUAUUUCGAUAAAACCAAUUUCAACAGAUAUCGAUUUCAUGGCAGUGAAUCAGAAAUCCAAUAUUCGAUUUCGAAGAAAGAAAGACGAAAAGGAACUGAUCAAUGAAAAUGAGGAAAAUUUAAAGAAAGUUACGAAAUAA